AUGCGUAAAGUUGCCUUCCUCAGCUUGCUCGUCGGAGCAGCCACGGCUGCACCGUCCCCUCGUGCAAACCAUGUAUUGCAUGAGAAACGAGCGUUUGAACCAGAAGAAUGGGUUCAAUCUGGUCGUCUCGAUCCUGGCCAGAUUCUUCCACUACGCAUUGGCCUUGCACAAAGCAACUUAGAUCAACUUGAGGACAUGCUGAUGGCAGUUUCUCAUCCGACUUCUCCAGACUAUGGCAAGCACUUGACUCUGGAGCAGGUGAUAGAUACCUUCGCGCCAAGCCGUUCGUCUGUCGAUACUGUAAAGGAUUGGCUCACUAGCUUUGGUUUCUCCGAGGACAGGAUCAAGUUAUCUCCUAGCAAGGUCUGGAUGGAUGUUGUAAAUGCAACCGCUUCGGAGGUAGAAGAUCUACUGAACACGGAGUAUCAUGUCUAUACGCAUUCCGAAACGGGCCUGGAGCAGAUCAGCUGUCACUCAUACUAUGUGCCUAAUCACGUCAAGGACCACAUCGAGUUAAUCAAGCCAACGGUCCACUUUAAGCGUACUUUGUCCGGUACAGCGAAGCCUCGGCACAAACGUCAGGCCGGAAAGAAACCGCUCGUGCAUUCCCAUUUGCGCGGGCCGAUGCCUCUCGGUUCCGACGUCACGAUCACGCCUGCAUUGGAGAACUGCGAUGAGACAAUUACCGUGGCAUGCCUCCAAGCGUUGUAUUCAGUAAAUUACACACCAGUCGCUACCGACAGGAACACGUACGGAAUAGUGGAAUUCACUCCAGUAGCGUUCCUCCAAGGCGAUCUCGACCUCUUCUUUGGAAACUUUUCACCCAACCUAGUCGGUGUUUCUCCGAAUCUCGUUUCCAUUGAUGGUGGUGUGGACCAGACGCAGCAACAAGGCUUCGACGAUAACGGAGAAGCUGACCUUGACCUCGAAUAUGCCAUGGCCUUGACAAAUCCGCAACCGAUCACAUUGCUUCAAACUGGAGACCUCGUGGAGGGGGCAUCCUUUGAUAACUGGCUGGACGCUGUCGAUGGCUCAUUCUGCACGUUCGAAGGAGGGGACAAUCCGGAAUUCGACGGCAUCUAUCCAGAUCCGGCGCCCGGAGGAUUUAAAGGUCCUGAAUCUUGUGGGAUAUUAGCACCGCCGAAUGUGGUCUCCGUCUCUUUUGGUUCGGAUGAGGCUGAUGUUACCCUUGCUUAUGCAACUCGACAAUGUAAUGAGUACGGGAAGCUGGGUCUCAUGGGCAGCAGUGUUCUAUACAGCUCUGGAGACGACGGUGUCGCAGGGAAUGGUGAUCUUUGCCUAAAUGCUCGAAACCGACCUGUGCGAAACGGGACAAAAUUCAAUCCAGGUUUCCCAGUGACCUGUCCAUUCGUCACGGCAGUCGGUGCAACGCAGAUCGAUCCAGGGAAUACGGUAAACGAUCCGGAAGGCGCUUGCGAACAGGUCAUCUUCAGUGGCGGAGGAUUUAGCAACUUCUUUGCGAUGCCGUCGUAUCAGGCUGAUGCUGUUACUAACUUCUUGACCAACCAUCCACCGCCGUUCACCUCCGCCCAAUUUAACAACUCAGGAAAUGUUCGUGCGUUCCCGGAUCUGAGUGCCAAUGGUGCAAACUAUGUGAUUGGUGUCGACGGCGAAUUCGAGCUAGUCUUUGGAACAUCCUGUUCAUCUCCCGUUGUCGGCUCCUUCCUUACUCUCAUCAAUGAUGCGCGUAUUGCUGCCGGGAAAGGACCAGUUGGAUUCAUCAACCCGACUAUAUAUUCCGCGGAAUUCGCAAGUGCAUUUAACGACAUCACACAUGGUGGAAAUCAAGGAUGCGGUACGCCCGGGUUCACCGCGACGACUGGUUGGGAUCCGGUUACUGGCGUCGGUACUCCGAAUGUUACCAGACUGAUGGAGCUGUGGCUGGCUCUUCCAUGA